CAUGAGUUGGAAACCAAGUUAGUUGUCAAAUUAACAUAACUUACAGGCUACAGCUGCUAAAGGAGGAGUGGUAUGUGAAAGCAGGAGACUUUGUUUGGGACACUCAGGAAGAGGAUUUUGUCGAGAGUCUUCCACAGAACAUGAUCCACCUCCUACUACAGAUGUCGAAGAGAUGAGUUUCUCAUCUCCUGGGCUUCCCAUGAACUCUGUGGGCAAUGACCGGGUUGAUCAGCGAACCUGCCUUAUCUGUGGAGACAGAGCUACAGGUCUGCACUAUGGUAUCAUCUCCUGUGAAGGCUGCAAAGGGUUUUUCAAAAGGAGCAUUUGCAACAAGCGGGUUUACAGAUGCAGUCGAGACAAGAACUGUGUCAUGUCACGCAAACAGCGAAACAGAUGCCAGUAUUGCAGGCUGCUCAAGUGCCUCCAGAUGGGAAUGAAUAGGAAAGCAAUCAGAGAAGAUGGCAUGCCAGGAGGCAGGAACAAAAGCAUUGGACCUGUUCAGAUAUCAGAGGAGGAGAUUGAAAGAAUUAUGUCUGGACAAGAAUUUGAGGGGGAGGCAAACAUCUCUUGGAGUAACAAUGGAGACAGUGACCAUAGUUCUCCCGGGAAUGGAGUUUCUGAGAGCAACCAGCCAUCACCUGUUUCUACUCCGUCUUCAAGUAGGUCUGUGGAGCUGAACGGAUUCACUGCACUCAGGGAUCAGUAUAUUGGGACUCCAGUGUCCACGCACUAUCAGUACCUACCGCACCUUUUUAACUACUCUGCUCACUCGGCUCUGAUGCCCCCACAGACCCGAAGCCUAGAUCCCCAGUCACAUAGUCUUAUCAAUCAGCUGGUGUCAGCUGAGGACCUGGAAUCACUUGGCACUCCAAUGCUUAUUGAAGAUGGGUAUAAAGUGACUCAAGCAGAGCUGUUUGCAUUGCUGUGUCGUUUGGCAGAUGAGUUGCUUUUCAGGCAGAUUGCUUGGAUUAAGAAGCUGCCAUUCUUCUGUGAACUCUCAAUCAAGGACUAUACUUGCCUGCUAAGUUCCACAUGGCAGGAGCUGAUUCUGCUGUCCUCACUAACCGUUUACAGUAAACAGAUCUUUGGUGACCUUGCUGAUGUAACGUCCAAGUACUCUCCCUCUGACGAUGAGCUGCACAGAUUCAGUGAAGAGGGAAUGGAGGUGAUGGAACGGCUGAUCUACCUCUACCGCAAAUUUAACCAAUUGAAGGUCAGCAAUGAGGAGUAUGCAUGUAUGAAAGCCAUUAACUUCCUAAAUCAAGACAUUAGAGGCCUGACUAAUACAUCCCAACUGGAGCAGUUGAAUAAACGGUAUUGGUACGUGUGCCAGGAUUUUACAGAAUACAAGUACCCACAUCAGCCAAACCGUUUUCCGGAUUUAAUGAUGUGUUUGCCAGAGAUACGAUACAUUGCAGGAAAAAUGGUGACUGUUCCUCUGGAGCAGCUGCCCCUCCUUUUUAAAGCCGUUCUUCAUUCCUGCAAGACAAGCGUGAGCAAAGAGUGAGCCUUCAUUGCCCCGAACCCAUGCCUUACUCUGGUGCUUCUGGUGUGGAACUGGCUCACGUGUGAAGAGAGAGCGGAGGAAAAACCAUGAUCAAGGCAGUAGGGAGCUGCUGAGACAGGGCGGCAGGUAGUCCUGUCAUUGUAGCAAGAAUCUUUUUUUGUUUUUUGUUUUUAAACUCUUUUCCUAUAUAUUUAUUUCACGACAGAGUUGAAUGUAUGAUCUUCAACACAGUGCACGUGGUUCUGUAUGAAUGCAGCAGAUGCAUUUUCUUGCAGUUUACAGAAUGUGAAGAUGUUUAAUGUUACAGUGUUUGUUAGGGUUAGUUCUUUUGUAUUUGGGGGACUGGGGGCGAAUAUAACUAAGACUACCUCAAUAAGAAGAUGCUGUUCACGUACUGAUCAUUCCAUGAUUUAUAUCCAAAGUGUUUGCCUACAGAGCAAACUGCCUCACUCCACUGGGAGAGCUGUUAGCAUCCCAAAUGCUGGAGUGCAUUGGAGGAGUGUGGGCAUUAGAGAAGUGCCAAGCUUCAAAAAAGAUAAGUGGGUGAGAAGGUGUUACACCAAAACCAGAAUUUGGGUACCCCCAGAAUAGCCAGCCUGUUCGUUGUUGUAACCAAUCUGUUCUCAUUAAGUGUGAGUCUCCAGGGUGGCUAAGGGAAUACUUGGAGGACACAGAUACAGCCAUGCAUAAAUUAUUGGCACAAGAAGUGUUCCAAAACAAGGCACCUUUUAUUGAACAAUUUCUUGACAUAGUAACAAUCUGAACACACAUCCCUUAUAACAAGUUAAAGAGCACCUCAAACCACAUUGCCUUAAAGCUUGAAACAAUACUGAGUGGAUGCUCCCUGCUUCAGAUGGUCAGUCUGUCACAGAUAGUUGACAGCCAUUUUGAGAUGUCCAUUAGUUUUUACACGUAUAAAUCCCUUUCACAGUCAACACACAUGCAUACAUCUGUAUUACCCCCCCUCCCACAUAUAUGCAAACACCAUACUAUGCUAUGCUAUAACUAUACCUGUUACUCUGUCUGACAGACUUACUUAGCUGACGGCACAGUAUCUUUUCCUGUUUUUUCUCUCCCACUCCUCUGCUGCAUCCUUCUCUUCUCCCACUGCUUACUGCUGCUUCUCCUUCGUCUCACCCUCACCUCUUUCAUGCCUUCCCCUGCCUUCUCUGCUCAGCUGCCUUCUCAACUGUCAGCUGCUGCUGAUUUUUAUACCCUACUUUGCUAACAGUCACAAGUCAGUCAUUCCAUUUGACUGUUAUUUACCUCAGUGUUACGAUUUGUCAUUUGUUGUUUACUACCUUCUUUUCCUGCCAAUUCCUAGUGCUUCGUGACCUGCAGCUGUCAGCCAGUGGUGGAGUGACUCUUGCUUAUUCAGAAUGGAAGCCAGGAAUCUAGGGAUUUCAAAAUGGAGUUUCUCUGGUAUCACAGGGAGAAAUGAAGUUUAGCUAGCUGACCAAAAAACAGUCUUCAUCGGUUUUCAAAUGCAGCUCUCAUGAUGUAAAUUGGGUCCCCCUGAAAUUCUGUCACGAGAAUUGCAGCAUUCCAAGGCUGAGAAAGGCCCUUAGCCCAUAUUUCCCUUCCCUGGGCUAUGCAGAAUUUGUUCUCUCUCUCUCCAACUGAUGCAUGAUUAUUCCUUCACGACUCUCCUACCAAACUGGAAUUGUCAUUGUAAUUAAUAACAGGCUUUGAAUGAGGAGGCAGAAAUAAGCCAGGCAAACUGCAAAUAAUUUAAUUAUUGGCUAAAUGCUCUCUCUUAGAAUCACAAACUGGAAAAGCAUUCUAAGGGCAAUAUAUGUUCUCCAUGGCUAGAUCUGGUCUAGUUUUUUAAAUCACUCCAGUGAAGAGGAUUUCCUACUACAGUAGUUACAAGUAAUUCACAUCAGCAAACGCUUCAAACCUAGCAGCUUCUGUCCUUCCUGUGGAUAAAAUAAAUGUGACUUCCGAUAAGAGAUUUCAGUAUCCUCUGCUAUUGGGUGUCUGUUGAACCUUGGAGAACAUAUGGGUUUAAACCAAGUCCUGCAUGUACCAUGUUACUGCGUGGAGGGGAGUGUAGUAGGAAAACCUGGCUUAGUACAAUUCAUGAUAUUACUUCUAAAUCUCCCAGAAUUUAGAUGUUCCACCUAGUAACUUCAGUCACUUGCAUUACACCAAAAAUACUUGAAUUGCUGCUGUUCAACAUGUAUUACUGUCCAUUAAGCCUCAGUGUCCUCCAUGGCUUCCUGUAUCCACAUGAUUGCUAGUUGGGGAAGAGUUUCUUUCCGUUUCCAUCAUUCAUACAUUUAUGAAAUCUCACUCAUUCUAACAGGCAGCCAUGUUGCCUUUGCUGAAUUUUCUGCUGGGACCCUUAGUUGUGAAUCUGUUGUUUUGAGUGGUUACAUUAGGCUGAUUGAGACACUUUUGAAUGUGAAAGAACCUGCUAUUUUUAAACUACCUUGAGUUCUUCAGGAAACAACUUCUGCUCUUCUGGGGUGGGAGUAACUAUUCCUGCCAUCCUCUGUCCAGUCAUGACACAUUAUAGUGUAUGACACAAAUUAAAUAUGUGGUCAGGAGAAGCAGUUUUUCCUUCUGAACAAGCAGCUGCUCUCCGCUGAAGUACUGUACUUGCUAGUGGGUAGAAAUGAAUUGAGUGAACAGCAGCAGCAUAUCAUUCAGUCCAACCCCAAAUACUACCUACAGACUAGUGUAAUAGCAGCCCAACAGCCACUGGAACUUGCUAGCUUGGCACAUCUCUAGGUUAGUCAACAGUUACUCUGUACAAUGAGUGCAAAUGGGUCCUGCCUGCAAGAAAUGAAGACUACUCCAUCCAAAACCAUCUCAGCAGAGACAAGCUGUUGACUAACUAUUUAGACCAAAGGCAGUGCUGCUGUCUUUAAUUCUGCUUUGUGAAUCUUCCCACUUGAUUUUUUUCCUUGCUUUAGGUAGUCCACUAGCUGCUGAGAUACUUUCCUAAAAUAAGAUGUUACGGGUAACAGCUGCUGGGAUCAGCAGAAGUCCACUUUUAUAUCGCUUGACGAAUCCAAAGUUAGUUUCAUGAAUCUCACUUGCUUUCUGUUUAUAAAAUGAGACAAGCACAUAUUUCUCAGGAAAGCCUUCUGCAUACAGUAGAUACACUAAAAUCUUCCCAUGUAGACUUGAGGUAUCUGUUUGUUUCUAAGUUAGGAAGUAUUGCCAGCUUUAACUUUCAUUUUCAAAUAAUUCCACAUGAUACUUGUAUUACAGGUUAUCUUCUGGCUUGCUUACACAUUUCAGGAAUAAUUUAACUGCACAGAAGUAAUCUUAUUCCAAAGUUAUUAGAUGAAUAAGGAUUUGUUUUAAUUAGAAGAUCUCUAUGCUAAAAUUAGAAAACUUGUUUUUGCCAAAUCUUGACAAAAACAUCUAUUUUGUACUCUGUCCAAAAUGAAUUGACUCCUCAGGAAAAUGCUGCGCAAGCAAAUGUUUAAUAAACUUGAUGGGGGUGGGGUGGGGGAUGUGCUACUACUUGCAACUGUGUAAACCAUUUUUGUAAAUGUUGAUUGACAGCAGUAUCUGUUAACAAACCUCCUUGUACAGCAGUGAGCAUAAAAACUGUGUUAAAUUCACAAGCAAGAAUGAGACUAACAUACCAAACCAGAACCUAACUCGCUGGACAGUCAUUAAUGUCUUCUGCACCAAGUCCUCUAAUGACUUGUGUUUUUUAAACAGGGUAAAGUGAAUGUGUUGCAUUGCAAACUCAGGUAUUAUGAUGAGAAGAUAGGAAUGUAGCUAGAAUUGUAGCGACAUUAGGUCAAUCACUAGAUGUACUUGUGAAUUUGGUUUGAAGGACAUCCUACAAAAGUUGGAAUUGUUUGUCCAAAUCUUCACAUAACAUUCGGUUUACAGGGAACCAUAUUUUAUUUGUGCUUAAUGCUAGUUGGGUGAGGAUGUUCGUUAUUGUUGGUAUCUGCUGUUGCUUAUCUGGCCUUCUCUCAUAGAAGACUCAAUCAACAAUAAUCAUUUUUGGUGGAAUUUUCUGCCAAGACUAGUCAAUAUUUAUCUCCGGUUUGAAAGAUAACUCAAUUGAUCCCAUCCUUUCCUUCACAGUAUUUGUGCAAAUGUAAAUCUGAAGAGUUUUUUUAAUCCAAACAGAUUUUUGGAUAUUAAUUUGAAGUGCAUAUGCUCACAUAUUCAGAGAGGG